AUGGCUCAAGCCUGUUCUGUUUCGUUCAUCCGCCGCGGUUCCCGCGAUUCAGCCCCAGUCUUACCACGGCGUACUAAGAAAUGCGCACCCAUGCCACAUACUAACACCACGGCAGCGCCUCCCUUUGCACCAAGACUUCGAUCUCGGAUUGUCCUCCGUUAUAACGGUAUUCCCGAUAGCCGCGACAUCCUCGCAGUACACGUCCGCUGGGCAAGAGUACGAUACUACUUUCUCCACCGAAGGAGGCACAUGAGGGUACCUUUGUCGAUUCGUGCAGUGACAGAUACGCUCGAGGAUCGCAACCCUGUCUCGCCGGCAACAGACCCAGCAAUCCCGAUUGGCUUUGGCACGCUUGUCAACUUGAAUGCAGACUUGCUCCAUGUUGGUGGUCAAUUCAACUAA